AUGGCCGUCGCGUCAGAGAGCAGACAACAAUGUCCGAAAUGUUUGAAUUUCCCGCUCUCUAUCUCUCACCACGACUUUUUCGUUUUUAUUAUUUGUAGUUCUCUUGGACAAAAAUUAGUUGUGUGUCGAUCGCCCACUUUUUCAGAGUUUGUUUCUAUAGAAAAGCCUUGUUCAUAUCAAUUGAUAUAAUAAGUAAAUUAGAAAGUUUUCAGAUAUAAGUUCAAUAUGAGUCAAGAACCUUCAUGCUCGACAGAUCAAAGUUUCGAGAAAAAGUUGCUAGAACCAUCAGAAUCUACAGAAGAAUGCUCAAUUUGCAGAGGAGAGUAAGUGUUUAAUUAUUUUCCAAAUAAUUUUAAAACCAAAAAUACAUUUAUCAUCUAAUAUAUUGAUUUUUUCAGUGAUUUGAUCGAUAAAACUCUACUCGAUUCAUGUAUUCAUACAUUUUGUUACAAGUGUAUCACUGAAUGGUUAAAGUUUUCAAAUGGUCCAAUCUGUCCAAUGUGUAAACAGACAAUUCAUAUACUUACUCACGAAUUGAAUAAAAAACGUCCUACUACGUAAGCCGUUUUGUUUUCGUAUUUCGAAAUAAUGAAUAUAAAUUUACAGAGAAGAUGCUCAACAAAUUCAUGAAAGUGCGAGUCGUCAACGUAUGAAUGGAGAAGCAAUUCAAGAAAAUAUCAGAAAUAUUCGUCGAAUUGUUCAAGUUACUUGUCGAAAAUAUCGAACUAGAGCUAGAGAAUAUGACAAUAAUAUGUAGGUUUUCCUUUUUGAAAAUUUAGAUUAUUAUGAAUUUUCAGUGAUUCAAUGAGACGAAAAGGAAGAAUUGAUGAUGGCAAAAUUGAACGCUGUGAAGUAGCGAAAAGGAGCCUCAUUUCUGAAUUAAAUGCUCUUCAAUUGAUCAAAGAUCAAAUUAUGGAAGGAUCUAGAAAGUAAGAAUUUUUAAACUCGCAUUUGUGAAUUAUCAGCAGAUUGUAAAUAUUUUUCUAGGGAGUUCAUUAUUCGUCAAACAGCGUUUCGAAAAUUGAUUUAUGUUGAGAGAUUGUGUUUGCAUCUUCCAAUGGAGCAUGUAAGAUCAUUUUUUAAUGAUAUAUCUUUUAUGACUGUUCAUUUUUUCAGAGUGAAUUAACUGCACACCAUGCUGCUUCGAUUCCGGAUUUGCGAGAAAAGUUUGUUCCAUUCUUGAUUGAAGAAUUCAGGUGUAUUCCGGUUAAAUAUCAUAGAGUGAGUCAUUUUUUCUUGUCAUUUUUAGAUAUAGUAAUUUAAUUUUUUCAGGGCUCAUUAGCACUUCCAAAUAAAUUCAUUCACGAUACGCUUGAUGGAAAAGAUGAAGAAAUGGCCAAUAGAAUUGUAAAUCUGAUUUUAAAACAAGGAGUUGAAAAAGCGCAUUUUGUUGUGAGUUUCUUUAAAAAUUUUGAAAAAAGACCAUUUUACAUGGAAAAUUAUAUUGUUGAAGAAACAACUGUGCGACUUAUUGAAUGCUAGAACUGACGAUGUUAUGGAUUUGAUUGCUCAUAUGCGUUCAUUUGCUGAACAUCCUGGAUCAUUUCUAACCUUCUUGCAAAAUGUUGAUUAUACACUUCGGACGGAACUUCAGGGAAGACCUGUUCGACAAGUCGUCGUAGAUGAUGGUAACUAUUUUUAAUUUUCGGAUAGGAUUUCUAAGUUUAAUCAAUAAUUGUUUAGUUGUUCUCGAUAGUGAUAGCGAUGUAGAUGAUGAUGAUGAUGACGAUGAAGAAGUUCCUCCUGUUCAUCGAAAUCCAUUUUUACCGGAUCUCUCACGUCGUUUUGGUUCCUAUUCAAUUAACACUUUUCCAUUUCUCAAUCAACCACGAUCAGUUGAUUUACGUUCUAUUUUCCGAAAUAAUCAAAGAGAAAGAGACCAUAGAUCAACAUCUGAAUCUGACGGAGAUAGAGAAAUGUAUGAAAGACAACCUUUGCAACAUUUUCCACCCACUAGGCCACCGCAACCACCGCCAUUAGUUAGACCAACUCUAAAAGGUACGGAUUUAAGAUAUAAGGAAUUCAUUAAAAAUUGUUCUUCUUUCAGCACCAUUUUGGAAUGAUUUAGUUGGAGGUUUCAAUUGUCCACCACCUCAAAAUCAAUCAAUCAAUCGAAAUAAAAUUGUAGUUCCAAAUAAUGAUUCAGUUGUUGUUCUUUCGGAUGAUGAUGAACCAACUCCUUCUUCUUCAUCAAGAAAUCGUUCAAAUAAUGACACAAUUGUUUUGGAUGAUUCUAUCAGAAGAGGUAAGAAAUGGCUUCAAUAUUAUUAUGAUUUACAGUAAUGUUUCAGAUGAACCGGCAUCAUCAAGAAAUAUGAAUUCAAAUCGAAGACCAGAAAAAAGAAGAUUGCCGAUAGAAAGAGAAGAAAGGAAUCGGAGUAUGAGAAGAAGAACUGAUGAUGUUGAUCUUCCUGUUGGAUUUGCUGAUGCAAUGUACAAUGUUAGUUUUUCUUUGGGUGAAUCGUAUAAUCGGUCCCAACAAAAAAGUUUCAAAAAUGAUUUUUUUUCAGUUAUUAUCAGAAUACGACAUGACAAGACAUUCGGAUAUGAGAAAAGUCGAAAAAGCAGCUGAAAUGGCAUUUGAUAGAAUUCGUUUUGACAUUUCUUCGACUUCUUCAGGGUCUUCGACUUCUUCGGAGUCUUUGACUUCUUCACAGUCUUCGAUUACUGAUUGA